CGUAGACAUGUGCACAGAAUGAAUAUGAGCUGCUCCCUUGUCCCUGCAUUGAUCAUUGCAAACAAUACCUGGCCGGACAAGCUCGCUACAGUCCUCGAACCGCUCUAUACCAUCAACUCUUCGUACACCUCUACGGUCGACGGAUGGAUCAGCUCAUUCUCCAAGGACCCUACCGCACCACCACAGGUCUCAAUUGACUUCAAUGUUGGUAACGCUGCAGGAGAGACCUGGUCUGAUCUCGGGCAUAACGACUUGGACGUGAACGUCUCCGCUAGCAGAGGGUGUUUCUUCAGUGCCACAUUCAAGGAGAACAACAAGAUUACUACGAGCUAUGUUAAUGCUUCGUCAAACGCCAAUGAUCCGCAGGCUACAAUCACCAUGCAGAGUUUCGGGACCUUUCCGGUCACUGCUGGACAAUGGGCUCUCAACAACUUGAGAAGCUUCCCUCUUCUAACCAAUGCCCCGAAAGACCUCAAAGAUCCAACCUACAAGGUCUCCCAAGUCUGCAUGGCCUACGGCGUCGGCUUUACCAUCAAGCUAUCAGGAGAGACAGCUAACCAAGUAGACUCUUACAUCCAGAAAGUCAAUAAGACCGGGGCGGGUGGUAGCAUCAGCAUUUUCGGAUACGAGAUCGGGGCUUCUGUUACUUCUACGAGUGAUAGUACGCAGACUUGGGAUGAUUGGUACAAGACCUACAAGAGCGGCACUAUUACUGUGAAACCAAGCAACAAUGCUGUUCCAACCAUGAUUGGAGCCCUUGGUGUUUCAGUCUAGGGUGGCAACGGCGAAUUGGAGAUUGUGAUCUCGGUCAGUGGACCAUAGGCUCAGCAAGCGACACCAACGUUUGGUAGGAGACCCUAGAUCUGAGAUCACGCGAGACUUUCAUUGCCACGAGGAAUGUAGC